AAACAAAUUCCACUUCAUUCAAAGCCUCUCAAAUCUCAAUAAUCUUAAUUAUCUUUUUUCCCUUCAAUCUUUCCACAAAGUUGGUAACUUUAGAGAGAGAGGGAUGGCUAGCUGCAGCAUGGCAUCUGCUGCUUCUGGGUUUGUGAAGACGCCUAAGGUUCCCACCAACACAGGCUCUGCUUCAAAGACCAGUACCCUGUUCUUCUUUUCUUCAAGGAACAACACCAACCCAACCAACAACAGAUCAAGACUACUUGUGGUAAGGGCCGCAGAAGGGGCGGCCACGGCAGCAACUGAAGCUCCAAAGGCUAAACCACCACCAAUUGGACCACCCAGAGGCGCCAAGGUGAAAAUUCUUAGGAAGGAGUCUUACUGGUUCAACGGUAUUGGAUCUGUAGUUACUGUUGACCAGGACCCGAAGACUCGGUACCCAGUUGUGGUUCGAUUCACCAAAGUUAAUUACGCUAAUGUAUCAACAAACAACUAUGCUUUGGAUGAAGUUGAAGAAGUUAAAUGAGUGAUGACUGCCUCGUAAUUUUGAUUUCCUUGGUUUAUCUCUAGCCUAAGCCUCUCUGUCUCUUCAAUGUGUAUCAUAUCAUACUCUGUUACUUAUUCUGUCUCUAGUUAAAUGAAUUUUUUUCAUUGUGUAUGAUAUCUUAUCACUCAAUGCCCAGAACAUUGACAUAUAGAUGUCUAUAUAAGCACUAGAGAAAUGUGCACAAUACAUUGCAAUCA